UCAUUUCACCAGCUACUCUAUAUUUUUCUGCCAUCCACCUCUUCCUCCAAUCAAUCUAGUAUCUCUCAAUCUUCAAUUCCUUUUGAACUUAGAGAAAAUGGGAAGAAUCUUUGUGGUGGAGUUGGAGGGCAGGUCCUAUAGAUGCAAGUUCUGCAAAACUCAUUUGGCACUUGCAGAUGAUCUCAUCUCUAGGACUUUUCAUUGCCGGAGGGGAAAAGCAUACCUUUUCACUAAUGCUGUGAACACGACAACUGGACCACCAGAAGAAAGGAUGAUGCUUUCGGGAUUGCAUACUGUGGCAGAUAUCUUUUGCUGUUGCUGUGGUCAAAUACUUGGCUGGAAAUAUGAAUCUGCACAUGAGAAGAGUCAGAAGUAUAAGGAAGGGAAGUUUGUUCUUGAAAGAGGAAGCAUUGUUGACGAUAUUGAUUUCUCAACGGAAUUCUAUAUCGAUAGCCACGCUAGCAUGAGUGACAGUGAAGAUGCUUAGUACCUUGAAACCUUAUGGAGGACUUGCUGAAUCAGUGCUUCUGUAUAUGCACAGCAAUAAUAGUGGCGUCCCGAGAAAAUGUUUAGAAUCAAAAGAAGCUUUCAUUUAGUUUUACUUUUUUUUUGUUUUAUGUAGCAAAAGAGGAAUCUCAAUGGUGUGUAACCUAUGUAGAAGGAAAAAAGAUGCAUCAUGAAAGAGAUGUUUUAGAUUUUCUGCAAAAUCUUUAAAAAGAACAUGUUUAGAAUGAGAUUCGAAUUUCAUAGCUCCAAUAAAUAUCGAAAUAAACUACUCACUUUCUCAA